AUGUCCUCCUCGACGAACGAGCGCGGUCAGCCGAGGGUGUCUCUAGAUGAAGUGAUAGCCAAGAAAGCGUCGUGCUUUACCCGAAAGCCUCUGCCUUUGCGCGACGUCAGCACUCGCCAGCUGUUGAGGGAUCUGCAGACGCGGCUUCGGUAUGCAAAACUGAAAGUUGACAAUGGAUGGCCGUCUGGAACUCGACAGCAAAGGCAGACCUUGAGCGAAGUUGAGAAUAUCUGCUUCCGUCGAUCUCAACUUUCGCAAGGCCGCGCAGCAAGGACAUCCUCGGCUCCCCUUGGCCUCGACGAUUCCUCUCGACUUGCGUCGACUUCAUUUGCUCGCGGAGAACUAUCCGCUGCAGCAGUUGCCCUCGGCCGUGAAGAUAACACUGAAUCGUCGCAAACGCGAGAGGUGCAACCUGAUGGCAUGGAGAUCGCCAAUGACCUCGGUGAGAAGUUGCGUGGUGGACGGAUGUGUACAUCGACCCUGACGCUUCUGGAAGAGGACGACGAGUCAGCCCCAUUGCCCAACGGCUUCACCACAGACUCCCAUCCUGCGUUCAAUACGUCAGGACGAAGAAAUGUCUACGGGGGACUCGAGACACCGUUCGAGGUGGGGGAGAAACUUGACUACUUCCGAACAGAGACAAGUCAGCCCGUAGACAGCGGAACACGAACACCGUCUGCUCUGGAUGAAGACCGGAUUGAGUCAGGACAGCCUCGUCUAACAAGCCCCGGGCCUCCUCUCCACGCCCCGUUGCCCGUACACGCACUCCCUGCGAAUGCGCAAUUGGCCCACAAUACACUGGCAAAUCGACUUAAUGCGUCAGGACGAGCUGUCAGUUCUCGACAAAACUCCCCCUUCGCGCUCUCUCCCUCUCUUCAGCACCUGCCAGUCCCUCUCACGUCAUCACAGCACCCGAACCCACACGUCAACCACGUGUCCACAGCAGGGAUGACAUACGACUCUUUCUGGUCAUCGCUAUCGAGCUCGUCAACGGGGACAAGCGUUUCAUCUACAUCCUCUUUUGGGAUGCGGGGGUCUGCUAACAUCCAACGCCGGCCGUCCACGGAUGCUUCUCCCGUGUCGGAUCCGGUUCAGUCGUCGAGGCAACCGAUAUUUGCGGCUGCUGGCGGAUCCUCAGCAUCGGAUGCUACGUCACUUGGGCAGCCAUCCGCAUCCUCGGCAUCUUCAGAGCUCUGA